CCCGCAGUGGGCUAAGAAGAGAGAAAAAAGAUAGAAGUAUUGUUUUUAAACAGAUUUUUUCCUUUGUUUUUCUUUUCUUUUUUUUCCCCCCCCCUCUCCCCCUGCGAGGGCUGCAGGCGCCUGGCGAUAAAAGGCCGGGGCGGCUGGAGCCGGCUCAGAGGGAGGAAAUGCCGAAAUCGCAGCAUUUCGACUUGGUGGCGAGCGCCCACUGACCCGUCCCAGCAAAGAGCGGUGUCGCGGCUGCCCGGGAAGUGCCGGCACAUCCCCGGCCACGGCACCCCGCUUGCACCCCGCCCUGGCGCUGCGGGGACCCCUGUGCUAUGCGGGCACUCAGCCUUGGCCUCGUGGCCCUGACCUGUGCCACGACGGCACUGUGCGCGGCAGGAACCCAGCGCCGGGUGCUGGAGGGGGGCAGCCGCCGGCGUUACCACCGGGUGCAGCACGGCCACUGCAGCUACACCUUCGUGCUGCCCGAGGCUGACCCGCCACCCUGCCCACCCACCCCUGCCACCCCCGGCCCCGCCAACGCGCUGCUGCAACGGGACUCGCCGGCCAGCACCGCGCACGCCGGCCAUGGGGCUGCCCAGCGCCUGCGGCAUCUCGAGAGGAUCCUGGAGAACAGCACCCAGUGGCUGCUGAAGCUGGAGAGCUACAUCCAGAUGGGCAUGAAGCCAGAGAUGGCACAGCUGCGGCAGACGGCGGUGCAGAACCAGACCGCCACCAUGCUGGAGAUCGGCAGCACCCUCCUCAACCAGAGCGCUGAGCAGAGGCGCAAGCUCACCGACGUGGAGGCCCAGGUGCUGAACCAAACGUCACGCAUCGAGAUGCAGCUGCAGGAGAACUCCCUGUCCACCACCAAGCUGGAGAAGCAGCUGCUGCUGCAGACGAAUGAGAUCCACAAGCUGCAGAACAGGAACAACAUCCUGGAGGUGCGGGUGCUGGAGAUGGAGACGAAGCACCAGGCGGAGCUGGCAGGGGCCCGCUCGGAGAAGGAGAAGCUGCAGCGCCUGGUGAGCCGGCAGAGCGGCACCAUUGAGGAGCUGGAGAAGUCACUGCUGGCCGCCAGCGCCAACACCAGCCUGCUCCAGCGCCAGCAGCUCCAGCUCCUCGAGUCGGUGCAGAGCCUGGUGCGCCUCGUCUCCCCAGGCAGAGCCCCGCUGCCCGGGCAGGAGCAGCUCUUCCAGGACUGCGCCGAGGUGCACCGGGCAGGCAUCCACACCAGCGGGGUCUACACCCUCCACAUCGCCAACCUCAGUGAGCCCAAAAAGGCGUACUGCGACAUGGAGACAGACCGAGGGGGCUGGACAGUCAUCCAGCUCCGCACCAACGGCAGCCUCAGCUUCCAGAGGAGCUGGAGGGAGUACAAGCAGGGCUUCGGAGAUGUGGCGGGCGAGUACUGGCUGGGUAACGAGGCCGUGCACCUCCUGACGAGCCAGGCACCUUAUGCCCUGCGUGUCGAGCUGCGGGACUGGGAGGGCAACCAGGUCUAUGCCCACUAUGGGAAAUUCCAGCUGGGGAGCGAGCGGCAGCUUUACAGGCUCUCGCUUCAGGACUACAGCGGCACGGCCGGGCAGCAGAGCGGCAUGGCGCUGCAGGGCACCCGCUUCAGCACCCGCGACGCCGACAACGACAACUGCCUCUGCAAAUGCGCCCAGAUGCUGUCAGGAGGCUGGUGGUUCGACGCCUGCGGCCUCUCCAACCUGAACGGCAUCUACUACCCGGCCCAGCACAACAUCCGCAAGCUCAACGGCAUCCGCUGGCACCACUUCCAGGGGCCCAGCUACUCCCUGAAGGGCACCCGCAUGCUGAUACGUCCUGCCAGCUUCUAGCACGCCGGCGGCCGGUGCAGCACCACAACCAGUGCCAGCCUGGCAAGGAGGGCGGGGGCCAGGCGGGGCCAGGAGAAGGGAUGGCUGGGGGAGACCGAGCCCUCCCAGUUGCUGCAGGGAAUCUUUUCCCCCAGUUUAUUAAUUUUUACUCUUUUUUAUCCCAUCCUCCGAGAUCCUUUGAAUUGUGGAGAGAGGCUGGGCCUCCAGCUCCCCGCUCCAUCUCCUUCACCCAGGGAUGGGGGUCCAAGACUCGCCCCAGGACUCCCUGCACACUUAGCCCAGCUCUACGGCACAGUGGGGGCUUUGCCGUUUCUGUAUGUUUUAGGGCAUUGCAAAUCCCCCAUCGUCCCACUUUCCCCACCGGAUUAGGGGAGCUGGUGGGGAUGGGGAUCCCUGUGAGUGCAAGGGGCCGGUGCCAUCCUUCCUUCCCAUCCUGCCUGGGCACGGCUAUGAAGGGGGACACGAGCCAUCCCCUCCCGCAUGCGUGGCCCAAGUCAGCGCCCCCAUGCAUGGCAGCACGGGCACUGCUCCUUGCAGGACCAGGCUGGGCACUUCCAGCCCCUGGGGGGGAUGGGAGGAGCAGGCGGAGUCUUUGGGGACCCUGGGGGGACAGUCCCCAGGCUGGGAUGGCCGGCAGUCCCGUGAUGGGGGGGGCAGCACUGGCAGGGAGCUGGCAGAGCCCUGGGACAGGCAGGACAGGGUUGAGGGGUCACAGGUGGGGAAGGGGCUGGGGUUUGAGAUGGGGCUGGGGGAGUGGGAGGUGGUGGGAAGGGUCCUGGGGGUGGCUUUUCAGAGCAGGAAGGGGGACAUGGGGCCAAGACUCCUCGCCCAUGGUCGCAUUGAGACAGCAAACCCACACUGAGGGCACCUUUGGGAGCAGGCUGGGAAGAGCAGGGCAUGGAGCAGCUGGGUCUCCAUGAGGCAGCACCGGGGCCCUGCAGCCGCCUCCCCGAGCUGCCGCAGCUUGGGCUGGGGCACUUUUAUUUUUGUACUAAGAAAUAUUUAUUUUCCAAGUGUCAGCGGGGCAGGAGUGGGAAGGGGGGGGUCCCUGCACCCCACCGCCCUGGGGCAGGGAUCUGUCCCCCCACUUCAGCAACUGGGACGAAAGGGUGGGCAGAAGGGCUGCAGGGGGACAGAGCAGGACAGAUGGACCCCGGGCAUCCCCAGGGGACCCUGAGCCCCGGGCAGCUCGGUGCAUGGGUGAGCCCGCAGGAGGGCAGGGCUCAGUGACACCCGGUCACAGCCUGUCCCUGUGACCCUUCUGCAUGUGCCCCUGCCCCCCUGCAGUCCCUGUCCCCGUGCCCCUCGGUCCCGUUGCCACUAGAGGUUCCCUGCAGCCCAGUGGCAGCUCCCUGCAGCACCCUCACCCCUGGGGAACAGGGGUGCCCCACUGGGUCCCCAGGUCACCUGUCCCACUGGUACCCAAGCCCUGGGGACCAGAACAGUGGUGGCAGCUGCCAGGGACAUGCUGCCUCCAUGACACCCAGGCACCCCUGUGCCUCCCUCCCCAGAACGGGACCCUCUCACCCCGAGCAGUGGUUUGCCGGGUGGGUGACAGCAGAGAUCCCACAGAGCCGGGGAGCAGAGGUGCCAGGGGACCCUCCACUGCCAUCUAACCCCAGCCCCUGCUGCAGCUCCCAGGGGACAGGGCCAGUAUCCCAGAGAGGGGCGAGGGACGCAGGGACACACUGUCCUGGACGGUGGGAUGGGCUGGCAGGGUGCUGGCACCGGCACCGGCUGUGCACACGGCAGCGAGGAGGCUCCUGACACCCUGUCCUCAACGCUGUCCCAAGGCAUUUGCUAAUUAACAGUGAUUAAAGCACAUGACGUAGUUGGCACUUC